AAAGUGCCAACCACAACACAGCCCUUGGAGUGGACAGAGUUACAGGGGUGGAUAAAAUGAUUAUCCUUGGAACCGUGGAAUCCAUCUUCAUCAGCAAUCAUGCUGCAUCCAUCCUAGCGAUCGGCCGUUUCUUGCUCGUUACAGUACGGGCAGUACACUGUCUAUUAAAAAUGUACUGGUAUUGUAAGCGGGCCAAGGUGUACUACGCAGAGUCAGCAAAUAAUAAUACACGGCGCCCUCAUCGGCUGACUGACAUCCACUUCCAGCACCCACCAGCAACCACCAGCACCAGCGCUACCACUCCCACUACGACCGACCAGCGUAAACCUUCCACCCAUGCUAACCAUCCUUCGACCAACCCUGCCAUUCUCUUCCAUUCCCAUCCACUACGACUGCUCCACUGCCCGGAGAAGAGAGAGUCAAAAUCUUCCCUCACCCUCGCUCGCUCGCCCACCCCAGCGCUGCAGACACUGAAAUAUACACAAACCAAGAGCCGAAGACUGCCUGGCAGACGGCGAGAAACGAGGGCUCUCUCCUCCCAGUACACCACAGCCAGCGGUUGUCGAUGAAAGAAAGUCUUCACCGUUGUUUUUCUGUCUCCAUUAAUCAGGGCUGUUGGCGUCUUUUUGCCUCACUACGGAGCACAGCUGUCGGCGUCGUCUCCAUCCUCGUCGGGCGUCUCUUGUCAAAACCAGCGAACGCUCCACACCUCUCCUCCUGACUUAUUGUUUCUCUCCCCUGCCGCCGUUUCUCUUUCAGCGCCUUACGAGGUGGUCGGCUGGUUUCUUCGCCAUAUAUCGGUCUUGCGAAAUUCAUUUCUUCUCCCUUGUUUAUAUUUUACUCUUCUCUUCCACACUCUCCCUCUUCAAUACAUCAUCACCUCCCCCGAAAGGGCUCUAUACCGCCGCCGCCUCCUCACCUCCUCACCACCUCAACUCGCCAUUUUUUUUCUUCCGAACCCUUCGCUUUUCUCUUUGCGGAUCAUUGUCUACUCUUAUAAAAAGUGACUUCCCGAUUUAGCCGUAUCGUUGAUUGAUGUCCCGCCCCUCGCUGCUGCCACUCUUGCACUAGCUUGGGCGUUUACCGUCUUUUUCAACAACUUCAUUUUCUCGUCUCCAGCCUCGCGAUCUAUUGCCACCUCGUGGUAUUUGAGAGCUGGGACAUCCUAAUUUUUCAUUUCCAUUUGCAUUUUUUUCCCCUCCCUUGAUAAUUUCGAUCUGCGGAUUUGGGGUCCACAAUACCACAGAAUGGCUGUUGGAACUGGUGUGCACAAUAGAUCAGAUCCAGUGCCGGCAAUGCCAUCUCCUAACGAGAAUAUCAACAGCGUGCAUGUCUCGUCUCUUUCGUCAUCCUCAUCCUCAAUAUGGGAUACUGAACAUGAUCGAAAAUCGCGGGCCGACCGCCCCCGCCUGGCGAGUCGGAAACCCAGUGCCUCCAUCCUUGUUCCCCGUGACCACCCUGAAAUUGAGAUCGAGGAGGAGGAGUUCCCCCCGGACGACGCUCGUGCCAUGAGCCCAAGAAGGAACUCUGCAGAUGUUGAGAAGCUCAGCAGGGAAGCUAGAGAGGCCUUGCAAAAGCAAGCAAAUACCCUGCAGUCAUCACUGCAGGCCCUCGCAGAGCGCAUUGAUGAGGUCAAGUCAGACCAUGACAAACUAGAAAACGAGAAUAGAUUCUUACAGGACUAUAUCGGUGGCCUAACACGAACGAUGUCUGCUAAGACGGAGGUUACAUCAACCAGUGGCGUCGGGAAAGGAAAGAAAGCACAGAAGUGAUCAGUUAAAACCGGAUGGGGGUUGAAAUACACUUCCCACUCUUUUCCCUUCUUCGCUCAACCCACUCACAAAACAAACGACUCGCCGUUCCCUUGGUCUCGACGACCAGGUUGAGGGCUCAGCGACUCAAUAAAGCCACGAACUUACCUUCGACACAUUCAUGAUAUUAUUACGCAUUACGACCUUCGAGCAGCAGCGUUAGCAUAGCCUUUUAUUAUCGCCUAUAAUACAUCUUUAAUCUUCUUAAUCUCCUGGAGUCUAUACUCUAGAAACCCAAAAAAAAAAAAAAAAAAAAAAAAAAAAAAAAACCCGCGAAAGUCGACUGCAAACGCAUUACUAGUCAUUCAUUUCUUGAGCGACGUUUUCUUAUCGUCAUCGGCCGAUUACGAAACGAGCUUUAUAUAUUACACCUCGUUAGAAUCACCCCUUCGAUCCAAGAUACCCCGUCAGUUUUAGACACUAGCAAGUUUCGGCUUGCUUCUGCAUAUAUCCAUCUUCCCACAUGUUCCUCUGCCCGGUGCGGAAAUAGAAAGGAAGAGCAGGUAUCGCCAAUCCGAAAUCAAAGCCAGGAAUUUCCUUUGGCCAGUGGCAAGUUCAGCUCUUGUGAGCAUGUAUCAUCAUCAUAUCCUGACCUGACCAAAGAAAGACAAUAAACGUAAACCGCCGCAAGAAAGGGAGAAAAAAAAAAAAAAAAAAAAAAAAAAAAAAAAAAAAACACGCCAGGCUUCUUUGCUGCCAUCCUGGAAUUCUAAAUCUCUCUUUAUUUUCCGUCUUUUAUCUCCCACAAGAGAUGCGCGACUGCGAUAUCUGAGCCAGUGAUGGCGUGCCAUGGUCCACAUAGCUUUCAAAUCGAUUCCAUUAAUUUUUCGCGUAUGCGAUUUUGGGUCGAUUAGUAGUGCGCUGGCUACCUGGUUGCCCGGUGACAAUAUCCUUUUCACUCACACUGGUCGAGUCGAUCUUAGGAUGACGGAUUUGAAACUUUCUGCAUCGAAUUGCACAUAAAUACGUUCAAAUCCUUUGAGACUAAGAACUAAUGUCACUUUUUUUUUAUUCAAUCACUUUUUUACUAUGCUUUCCGAUCCCCUGCUGAAUUAGGAGUGCGAUAUAUUCUCUCCCCCUCUUUAUCAAACCUUGAGUUUUCACCUGUACCAUGUAUGAUUCUUCCAAUUUACUGUUCAGACCGUUAACUUGCAGGACUUUUUUUCUUUUUUUUUUCAGGUUUUGCGACUUUUGUUAUUCAUUUUUGUUAUUGUUUUUGUCUCUCAAGCAGAGGCGUCGAGUUCUUUUUACCAAUAGCUUCUACUUUCUGUCCUCUUGUUCUUCUCUGUCUUUUCCUUCUUCUUUUUUCCCGACAUUUUAUUCAAACCCAUGUCGGAGAAAUCACACAUCAGGUGUGGUUGAUGGAGUUCUGCUAUUAUUGUGUGUUGAAUGAAUGAGCUUGGUGAAUAUUUUUUUUUUCCCCACUUUCUCUUAUUAUUCAUGGAUGGAAUCAAUUGAGUUAAGAGUUUUGUCACAUCAAAGGAAAGAGAGGUUUUCUAUCUCUCUCUUCUUUCUUCUCUCAAAGAAUAAACAAGCAAAAAAAAUCUCAUUUCUUUAGAUUCAAUGAAAAGAAAUAAAUAUUAUAACUAGUUAUUAUACAGAGUAUACAAGCAUCAUAUGCUCGCUUACCCUCGCUUUGCUGCUUGCGCAGCCCCCUCUACCACUUCCACCCUCUACCCCCUCUACCACCACCACCGCCUCUACCGCCCCGCAACCCUCUCUACCACUUCUACCCCCUAUCUCUACCCCUCUCUUACCACCCCUAUCACCCCUUCCACCCCCUACCCCCUCUACCACCACCACCGCCUCUACCGCCCCGCAGCUUCUUCUACCACUUUCACCUUCUAUCUCUACGCUCUCUUACCACCUCUUUCACUCCUUUCACUCUCUACUCUCUCUACUACCAUCACUAUCUCUACUCUACUACUCUCUUCCACUCUGUAUCACCUCUAUCAUCAUUAUCAGAUUAAUCAGAGCUGUACAGACU